AUGAGACCAGAAUGGAAUAAUACUGAUCUGGAAUGCAUUUGGAUUACCAUUCCAGGAAGUAACAUAGGCUCUUCGUAUGACAUACACAUUUCGGUAGUUUAUAUACCACCUAAUCAUCAAAUAUCUUCGCGCAUAAAGGAUCUCAUUAACACACUGUUAGCUGUUCGUGAUAAAUACCCAAAUGACUAUAUAAUUGUUUCAGGAGAUUUUAAUUUACCAUGUAUUGACUGGAGUUCUGGAGACCCAGUUAUACGUAGGAAAGGAUCAGUCGAAGUUCAAACUGCAGCAUCUGAUCUUAUAUCUUGUUGUUCUUUCAUAGGACUUUCUCAAUACAAUACACUCUUAAACAGUAGCAAGAAUACUCUAGACUUAAUCUUUUCAUCUUUCCCAAUAAAAGUUCAAAAAUCUGAAUUUGUGCUUGUUAUAGAAGAUGUAUAUCAUCCAGCUCUGUACAUAUCUGCGACGGACAUCUUAGUACCUUCACGUAGGCCUUCUUUAAGGACUAAAUAUCAAUUUAAGCGAGCAGACUACCGUAGUAUGAAUGAUUUACUUUUGAAACAAGACUGGGCUUUUAUCACAAGGGAAACAAGUUUAGAUCGUGUUACUGAUAAAUUUUACAGUAUAAUAAAUGAAUUAAUUGAAAAAUUCGUUCCUAAAAUCCGAUGUAGUAGUAAUUAUUCUUAUCCAAUAUGGUACAGCAGAGCACUAAUUAACCUUAUAAAAGAAAAGAGUAAAUUGCACUCUAGUUGGAAGAAGCAUAAAAAUCCGAUUGAUUACGCAGACUUUUCGGAGCUGAGAAAACGACAAAAGAUACUACAGCAACAAUGUUAUAAACUGUACCUAGCACGCACUCAAGAGAAUAUUAAACAUAACCCCAAAGCUUUCUGGAGUUAUGUAAAGUCUAAGCGUAAAUACAAUUCUGAUUAUCCUCAAGAAAUGACAUACGGAGACACUAAAUUGAAUAACCCAAUAGCAAUCUGCUCGUCAUUUAACGAUUUUUUUAAAAGUAAUUUUACUAAAUCUAUAGACAAUAAUUUGACUAUACGAUCCGAUAAUUUAAAUUUAAAUGUAAUCCAUGAUAUUGAAAUAAAUCCAGAGAAAGUUAAGAAUUUAAUUUUUGACAACAUGAAAGUUGAAGAAUGUGGGUUGAGAAUGGGUAAGUCAACCGUCAAAUGCCUUUUGUACGCCGAUGAUCAAGUCAUAUCUGCAUCGUCGGCGGCCGAGUUGCAAAUGAUGGUUACUUUAAUGAAUUGUUCGGGCAAUAAUGACUUAAUCAACGAAUCGGAAAAUGUUGAAAUGCUAACUGCGGACCUGCGCGAGCUAGGAUCGACAACUAGCACAUCACAACGGAAUUCGCUAUUGGCGUUCAAUGCACCUGAAGUGAUAUUCGAACCUCCACAAUCAGCGACCGAACAACCACCUCCUACCGAGAAGGAGUCCGCAGUCUAA